AUGGUGGUGUUCAAGUCGCCAAAACCAAAUCGAAAACGUUUCGUGCUUUCAUGUUUCAUAUCAAUUUUCUUCCUCUGCGUAUUAGCUUCCAUUAACGAAUUUCGGUACAAGAAUCUUCCAACUUUUGGUCGAUGUAGCACUCUCUCAAACAAAACAACAAACACUUCAUCUUUAUUUUCAUUUUCAAACCAAGAACAACAACAAAAACAAGACAUCAGGAUUCUCAUCGGUGUCCUCACACUCCCGGACCAAUACCUCCGACGACACUUCCUCCGUCUCGUAUACGGUACACAAUCCCCCGAAAACGCGAAAAUCGACGUCAAAUUCGUCUUCUGCAACCUCACAAAAGAAGAUCAAAAAACAAUAAUCUCAUUAGAAAUCAUGCGUUACAACGACAUCAUAAUUCUCAACUGCACAGAAAACAUGAACAAAGGAAAAACCUCAACGUUCUUCACGAGUUUGCCAGAAAUCUUCAAUGAAACAGUGAAUGGACCAAAUUACCCUCCUUACCACUAUGUUAUGAAAGCAGAUGAUGACACCUACGUGAGACUCAACAGUUUGGUGAAAUCGUUAAAACCGUUACCGAGUGAGGAUUUAUACUACGGAUUCGUGAUACCGUGUGGAAGCAUGGACCCUUUUAAACACUACAUGUCUGGGAUGGGGUUUUUGGUGUCAUGGGAUAUUGUUGAGUGGAUUCACGGCUCUGAUAUUCCGAAGAAACACGUGGAGGGUCCAGAAGAUAAGGUGUUCGGUGAUUGGAUGAGAUGGGGUCGUAGAGGAUUGAAUAGGUAUAAUGCGAAAUGGUCUAUGUAUAAUUAUCCUGAUCCGCCUUCUGUUUGUAGUCAUGAGCUUGUGAGUGAUACUAUUGCGGUUCAUUUGUUGAAGAAUCAAGAGAAGUGGAUUCGGACAUUGAAGUUUUUCAAUCAUACUGCUGCUUUGAAAGAAUCCAACAUGUAUCAUAUGGAUUAG